AUGUAUCUCAAAUCAACACACUCACGCCUCGUAGAUGGUGGGCAUCAAUGGGAAGUAACCCUAUUUUGCAGUGCCGAGGCAAACACAAUCGCUUCCGUCGACAUCUAUCCCAAAGGCCGAACAUCCAAAGUCCUCCCAAACGAUGCCAAACCAGCACCAACAGCAUACACAAUGACGUAUUCCUCAUCGAGAAAUGAGGAUCCUCCGGAACGUUUUACCGCAGAAAUAACAUUUCGAGCUGGAGGGAAAAAGACAGUCACUGUCCCCGCAAACAUGGCCACCGAUCGAAAACGAAGAAGACCGGACGGAAGCGUAGAUGAUGAGGCUGUGGAAAUGGAGAAUCAACCGUCAUCGCCGCCGAAUGAGGAGAACAUUAAGAAGAAACGGAGCAAGGGUUGCUUUGUAUGGUUUACGAGAAGAAAGAAUAAGAACAAGGAUGACAUGGAUGAAAAGAGAACUGGAGAAGAGGACGAUGCACCGAAAGGCUGUUGUUUUUGUUUUUGUCGAUGA